AGCUUUCCAGCCGUCUUCCGACUCGCCGCCAUUCCAUGAUCCUGCCAUAGGCUCCUCCAUCCAUGGCCACCGCGGUCACUGCUUGCUGCCUACCCUCGUCCACCGCCGCUCUUUAACCUGUACGGAGUUAUUCAUGUAGCACAUAUAUAAGCAUGGACCAAGGACCGCCUGAAAACAAGCGCCCCCGUCUGUCCACUGGUUGUCCGUCAUGGUCAGUGGGUGCGCACAACGGAGUCUCGCUCCUCCAUCCCACGCCCUCUCCUACAGCCACUCAACUGCCUCACCAUCCCGCCCCGCCGCCUGGGCCAUAUCAACCCUCGCACCCCUUCUCCCGCCCUGUGGAACAACACCCUCAACACCCCCCUCCGCAGCAGCAGCAUCCUCCACAGCAUCCGACACAACAUCCCCCACAGCACCCACCACAGCACCCACCUCAACAUCCUCCGCCUCAUCCAGCUGCUGCUGCUCCGCCAAACCACAUCGACGACCGGCGGCACCAUGAGCCAGACAGGUACCCGCCCAUGCAAGAGCACAGGCACCCUCCCCCUUCGCCGGCGCAUCCUCCAUAUCCUGGAUACCCCCCACGGGAACCCAUGGUGAAGCCCGACCCGGGCGAGGACACCCUCCCCCAUCUUCGGAGACACCACUCCACCGGCAACGUCCCGGAGCCCAUGCCUGGCACGCCGCAUCCCGUCGCCCCGCCGCACUCUCACCCGGACGACAGGCGACCGAUGAGCUUCGACGCCGGCCCCCAGGCGCCGCCUCUCUACAGGCAUCCUAGCUAUCCUCCUCCUCCUCAGACGCCCCUCCCGCAUUCUCAACCCUACGACUACCCUCCGACAUAUGGCGCCCCUCACGCUGACAUCCAAUACGCGAUUCCCAUUACGGCGACUGGAAAGCGGAAAGCGCAGAGGGCCUCCCAGGCCUGCGACAGCUGCCGGCAGCUAAAGGCGAAGUGUGAUGAGACCAAGCCAUGCAAGAGCUGCAAGGAGAAGAAGCUGGAGUGCAAGUAUAGAGACCCGGCACCGAAGCAGCAAGACAAAGUGGCAGCUGAUAUCUUGGACGGCAUUCUACAACUGCAAUCCACGUUCGGCAGGUUUGAUCGGCGCAUAAGGAGGCUGGAGAAUGCACUGCAAAAGGCGGCCCCCAACCUGGACCUGGACGCCGAGCCGAUGCAGGAAGAUGACGAUGCCGAUCGCCCUACCUCGGCAGGUUCUGUCGAUGGCUACUCUUCGUCUCCCGGUGACGUGACCACGAGCCCGGAAUUCGUGGCCGACCCUGAAGCGCCACCAAUAGGUGCUAACGAGGCUCGGAAGAUCGCGCGCCAGAUCGUCGACGAUGACGAGAUGGAAGGCGAGCCUGGCCCGCCCGUUCACCCCGGAGCCCCCACGAUACCUUUAAACCAUACCACGCUCGCCGCCUUCUUGCUGAGGUGGACAUCUGUCCGGAAUCUGGUACGACACCACCUCGAGAGAGAAAACGUCAAGUACAUUGAAGAGUUCCCCAUCCGCCAAGAAGAGCAGCGAGGCCUCCUCCGCCUCUAUGGCCGCGGGGAGGGCCAGGAUAACGCUCGUAUGGAUAGGGAGGCCACACUCGAUCAAGGAGUUACGGAGAGCUGCGACGGCUAUUCCGACUCGGGCGCUCCAUCACCUGCCGAUUGCUGGGGCGGCAUUGGCGGUCUGACUCCCCCGAGUACUGUCCCUGGGAAGGCUGCUUCGGUUGCCUCGAACCUCGACCUGACCGAAACCAACGUUUGGAAGUAUGUGAAGAGCUACGAGGAGAACAUACAAAACAUGCAUCCCCUCAUCAUCCCGCAGGAAUUACGUGCGAUGGUCAGCCUCUUCUUGGUCAACAUUCAGCCGGGACCAAAACCAGGGUCGGCGGUAGCCAAGUUCGCUGGCCCUACGAGCGCUGCACAGCAGGUGGAGCCAGGGUCUAAGAGGAAGAGGCAAUCUCCUGGUCCUCCCGACGGUACCGAUCCAACCGCACCCUCAACCCCGAAACCAGGAAAGCCGGCUUUCCAGCGUUCGGUCCAGAACGCACUGGUCCUUCUUGUCCUUGCCCUGGGCAAGAUCUGCCUCUGGAGAGACAAGAAGCUGCCCGAGCCUGUCCCUGUCAGUGACCAGCUACAGCAUGGCUCUCCUUUGGUAAGGGUCGGGCACCCGGCGUCGCCCCUCCAGGGUUCUCCGCCGUCCAUUGCAUCCCAUUCGCAGUCUUCAGGGCUGCCAUCUCCGAGGGAGAACUUGAGCGCCAGUAGAAGGGCCUCAUCCCAGGGGACCCUCCCAACGGUUGGCAAGUCCUCGACGUCCCCGAAGAGAAACAUCGAUGUCAUCCCCGGCCUCGAUUACUUUGCGACCGCGACGGAUAUCCUCGGGGGCCAAAUAGCUGGAGCGACGUUUAGACAUAUCCAUGCGAAUAUCCUGGCCGGUCUUUAUCAUGGACAGCUAGGACGGGUGAUAGAGAGCUACGCUUACAUUAGGCAGGCCAGCUAUGCGCUGCAGGUCAAGAUGAGACCGAGUCUGCAUCGACUCUCCCGGAUGCAGGUGGAACGCCCCUUCGAUCCCACCGCCAUCGACAAGAAGGGCGACAACCAGCUCAUCGUUGCUUUCUGGACUUGUCUGCAGCUUGAGAGUGACAUUAUCGCCGAACUGCCACUUCCACAGUCCAACAUCCUAGCGUACGAGGACUUGAUGCCCUACCCGAAUAUUGACCUUGCCAGGGGAUACGGCUUCGACAUGCGCGUUCUUCACAGCUACCAAUCGCAGUUGUACCUGAGGAAGAAAUUGAACGAGAUCCACCAGAUGCUCUACGACCCCAAGCAGCCCCGAAUCCGCAUCUCGCUACAAUCCCGCCCCGAGGACUUCGAUAUUAUCACAUACCUGCAGGAUGCUCUGAACAUGCGAUUCGUACCGCCCGAAUUCAAGUUCGAUCCAGAUGACCCGCCUGCCAAAGACAUCUUGUCGGCUCGGCUCCGGGCCAAAUACUGGGGGGCUCAUGUCAUCACCUUCCGGCCAUUUGUCAAGCAGAUCCUGGAUUUCAACUCGGAUAGGUCGGCAGUCAGGGCUGCGGCAAGCAUGUCUGCUGGUCUCCGCGGCGAGUUCUCCGGGCCCGUCAUAGGACCGGAUGUCGAACACGAGAGCGAUAUCGAUCCUCAAAUCCUGGGGUACGCGGAAAAGGGUAUACGGGCCUUGAUCGAGAGCACCAGGGCGUUCCAUGGCCUGGAAGACAAGCGCUUCGUCAUCACCAACGUCUUCGGGACGGCUCAUGCCCAAUGGGGCAACCUCCUCACCUUAUCCGCCGUCUACAAGGACCCGACCCUGGGCAAGUUCGUGGACGAGCGGACCCUGCGGGGUCUCUUCUCGAGGACCAUCCAGUUUUUCCAGACCAUCGCACACGCCUCGAGUGCGCUCGCGAUAGACAUGCGGAUCCUCCAAGGCCUGGAUCGCGAGCUCUGGUAUAAUAGCCGCAACGUCGACAUGACCGAUGCCGCGCCGGGGCCUAAUUCGAGCUUCUCGAGCACUACGAGCGGAGGUCCCCCUGGUCCGCCACCACCGUUGACGCCCUCGGUCGGGGCUCUGCCAAGCAUGCAUGCGCCCGGGACCCCGGUUGAUGGGGCUCUUGGUCCGCCGCUUCCAGUGCACCAGCCGACGUGAAGCAGUCGUCUGUUCUUGAUUUGGGGACGAGGAUACGGAGAUUUGAAGGACCGGAUGAUGAAAGCGUGUGGCUUUCGGGGGCGCCGGAAAAUUGCGAGCGGCGCUCACCACGAUAAAGACGAUCCAAAUGCGAGCCUCUAAUGUCGACGAGAAGCCAACACGGAGGGGGAUUUACAGCUCGACAAGGCCGUGAUUACGGGAGCCCCGUCUUUGGGGAGAAAGAACACCACCUCGAUUGGAAAGGCGGACCAACCGUCCCUUCCUCGAUGUACAAAUUGUACAACAUAUUACAACACACGCGCUCGCGCCGCAGUUCCAACCAUCACCAGCAGUCUACAUGGCAUAAUACCUAUCUUUUCCCUUUCUUUUUGCAUCAGAUACCCCACCAUCCCCCCAUC